AUGCUGGAGCUGAGGGAUGCUGGUCGCACGGAAGCGGCCAUGCAGAGUCUGCUGGGAGGUCUGCGAGACGUUGAGGACCUGUACCUGACCUCCACUUUCAGGCUGCCCCCUAAACUUGGCGGAGUUCUGCUGGGCCUUUACAACAAACAGGACAACAGGAAAUACCUGGAGAUCGCUGUCAUUGGCAAGCUCAACAAAGUAUUGGUGCGGUACUUGCGCUCUGAUGGGAAGGUUCACUCUGUGAAUCUACAGAACCCCGCCCUCGCCGAUGGGCACACACAGUCCCUCAUUCUGAGGAUUGGUGGACUGAAGCGGAACCACAUCAGCUUGGAACUCUACGUGAACUGCCGAUUGGCUGACUCCGCCCAGGGUCUUCCUCCAUUUGUCAGUCUUCCAUCAGAGGCUGAAUCAGUCGAAGUCCGUACUGGUGAAAAGUCCUAUGCCAGAAUCCAGGGUUCUGUAGAGUCUAUAAAGCUGGCUCUCGGAGGGUCACUUCCUAAAGCAGGCCUCCUCAUCCACUGUCCAUUCCAGGGAGAAGCUCUUGUACACAAUGCAGUCACCAGUGAUGUUAAUGCCAUACUGGGUGAUCAAACCAAGGCUCUGAUUGGUCAGUUGAUCAUCUUUAAUCAGAUCAUGGGAGAGCUGAGAGAAGACAUUAGAGAGCAGACAAGGGAGAUGUCUCUCAUCAGGAACACCAUCCUUGAAUGCCAAGUGUGUGGUUUUCAUGAGCCUCAGUCAUGGUGUCAGCCCAGCCCCUGUUAUAAGGGUGUAGCUUGUAUGGAGAUUAUGGAGUAUCCAGGAUAUCGUUGUGGCACUUGCCCAGAGGGCCUGUCAGGCAACGGUACACACUGCCAAGACAUUGAUGAGUGUGCUGCACAGCCAUGCUUGUCUGCUGAAAAGUGUGUGAACACGGCUAAAGGCUUUAGCUGUGAGCCAUGUCCGCCUGGCUUCUCAGGCCCUGCCCUCAGCGGAGUCGGCCUGGAGUUUGCUAAGAGCCACAAGCAGGAGUGUGUGGACGUAGAUGAAUGUGCAGCUCAGAUCGGAGCUUGCGUGCCCAAUUCUGUCUGCAUCAACACAGCAGGCUCGUUUAGAUGUGGCCAAUGUAACACCGGCUUUGUAGGCAACCAGACAACAGGAUGUUUCCUCAGAAGAACAUGUGCAGUACUGGGCUACAACCCCUGUGAUGUCAAUGGCUACUGUGUAUUGGAACGCGGCAGUGACGUCUUCUGCGUGUGUAAUGUAGGAUUUGCGGGCAACGGCAUCAUCUGUGGUGCAGACUCCGAUCUUGACGGUUAUCCUGACGACUCUCUGCCCUGCAUUGACAAUGACAGGCACUGUCGAGCGGACAACUGCGCGUCCACUCCGAACUCCGGCCAGGAGGACGCUGACGGGGAUGGCAUCGGUGAUCAGUGUGAUGAUGACGCAGAUGGAGAUGGAAUUAAGAAUGUGGAGGACAAUUGUCUCCUGGUGCCCAACAAGGACCAGCAGAACUCAGACACCGACUCUUUCGGUGAUGCAUGUGAUAACUGCCCCAACGCUCCGAACCCAGACCAACUGGACGCCGACAGCAACGGUGCCGGAGACAUCUGUGACAACGACAUUGAUGGAGAUGGAAUCCCCAACAUGCUAGACAACUGUCCGAAGAUCCCCAACCCCAUGCAAAUGGAUCAGGAUGGUGACAGGGUGGGAGAUGUUUGUGACAACUGCCCUGAGGUCAAUGACCCCACACAGUCGGAUGCUGACAAUGACCUAGUGGGAGACGUUUGUGACACAAACCAGGACACAGAUGGAGAUGGUCUGCAGGACACGAGGGACAACUGCCCAGAAGUCCCCAACAGCUCCCAGCUGGACUCAGAUAACGAUGGUGUUGGUGAUGAGUGUGAUGAUGAUGAUGAUAACGAUGGUAUCCCAGACACCCUUCCUCCUGGCCCUGAUAACUGCAGACUCAUUCCCAACCCCAGUCAGAAAGACUCGGAUGCCAGUGGGGUUGGUGAUGCAUGUGAGACUGACUUCGACAACGAUAAGGUGAACGAUCUAAUGGAUGCUUGUCCCGAAAAUGCCGAGGUCACCAUGACGGACUUCAGAGCAUUCCAGACAGUCAUCCUGGACCCAGAAGGUGAUGCCCAGAUUGAUCCCAGUUGGAUGGUGCUCAAUCAGGGGAUGGAGAUAAUACAGACUAUGAAUAGUGACCCUGGUUUGGCUGUGGGCUACACAGCAUUUAACGGCGUCGAGUUUGAAGGCACAUUCCACGUGAACACAGUGACCGACGACGACUAUGUGGGGUUCGUUUUCGGCUACCAAGACUCGUCUAGCUUCUAUGUGGUGAUGUGGAAGCAGACGGGGCAGACGUACUGGCAGGACACGCCCUUCAGGGCGACUGCCCAGCCCGGCCUGCAGCUCAAGGCAGUUAAGUCCCGCACGGGUCCCGGAGAGCGCCUGCGCAAUGCCAUGUGGCACACAGGCGACACCCCUGGAGAGGUGACACUGCUGUGGAAGGACCCGAGGAACGUGGGGUGGAAGGACAAAACCUCGUACCGCUGGCAUCUCAGCCACCGGCCCCACGUGGGCUACAUCAGAGUGCAGCUGUACGAGUGCACGACGCUCGUAGCCGACUCCGGUGUGGUCAUGGACACCUCGAUGAGAGGCGGACGUCUGGGUGUUUUCUGCUUCUCACAGGAGAACAUCAUCUGGUCCAACCUUGGCUAUCGGUGUAAUGAUACCAUCCCAGAUGACUAUUAUUACCUCUACCAGAAACAGAUGAACCUCAGGUGGGGAGACUAGCUGGGCCUCCAUGUUUAUUCACAUACAACCAGGGUUUGCCACUGUGUGCAUGUGUGGGUCUAGUAAAUUCUUUCUGUAUUAAAACCCCUUUUUUAGUCCAAAGAAAAGGCUUAUUAAAAACAUGACACCUUAAUUUUGCUCUUAAUGUAUUAAGUAUUAUUAAUGUGAGUGAAUAUGUAUACAAAUAACAAUAUUUUCUUAUUCUCAUGGUGCUCAGCCUAGUCCCUGGUUAUUACGUGAUCAUUUGUAAUAGUGACAGUCUAGUGUCCUCUGGGUGUGCAUUGUGCAUAAUACCCAACACAGGAGUCCCCUGUACUUCACUUAGCCUUUAUUUAUGUCAUCAUGUUGUGGAUAACCAAC